AUGUCUUGUUCUGCUGCGUCCAUAUACACUCACUAUGGCCAAGAUCCAAACAACCAUCCAGACCAAAAAGAAAUAAAUUCCAUUGUUAGCAAAGUGCACACAGACCCUUUAAGCCGUCUGGUAUUGGGUAGAGAUGGCGUUCUGCGCUCCCUCAAUCUAGAAAAUGAAGUUAUCGAUGCUGUUGGACUACCGCCCCGGCUGAUUAAAGCGUUUAUGGAUCGUUUUCCAUACAACGAGGAACUCGAAGCCCGAUUUCACAAUUCCGAUGGAACCUCGGUACCUCAAGAGCAGUGGUGGGCACCAAAUCCAUCGAUACUACCACAGGCGUACACAGCUGAACAGAAGGAAGAGGCUAGGAGAGAGUAUGAAGAAAAGAAGGAUAUCAUCGAAGAGAUGAAGGAGAAGAGGAAGAAUGGGGAAAUUAAAGGAUGUGGUGUUGUGAUUCGGUCAAAUUAUAGGAUUUGA